CCGCCUGCAGGAGUUGUCAAUAUGGCGGCGCCGGUACAGAGCGUGGGCUUUGCGGACUGAUCUCUGGACUAGAGUGAUCCGGCUGUCAUGAAGACUUUCUGUGGUAGGGCGAAUCCUACCACCGGCGCCAUCGAGUGGGAGGAAGAGGACGAAGACUAUGAUUAUCACCAGGAGAUAGCGCGGUCAUCUUAUGCAGAUAUGCUACACGACAAAGACAGGAAUGAAAAGUAUCACAGUGGAAUCCGGGCUGCAGUCUGCAGGGUGAAAGAACGAGGCCAGAGGGCAAUUGUCUUGGACAUUGGAACUGGGACAGGCCUGCUGGCCAUGAUGGCAGUGAGAGCUGGUGCUGAUUAUUGUUAUGCAAUCGAGGUUUUUAAGCCAAUGGCUGAUGUUGCUCGGAAGAUUGUGGAUAAAAAUGGAUUUGGCAACAAAAUUAAAAUCAUCAACAAACACUCAACUGAGGUGACAGUGGGACCAGACGGUGACAUGUCAUGUCGAGCUAAUAUCUUGGUCACAGAGUUGUUUGACACUGAACUUAUUGGAGAGGGCGCACUCCCAAGUUACGAGCAUGCUCACAAAUACCUUGUUCAGGAAGAAUGUGAGGCAGUUCCACACAGAGCCACAGUUUACGCACAGCUGGUGGAGUCAGAGCACAUGUGGGCCUGGAAUAAAGUGCUGCCGAUUCACAUCCAACUGGAGGGAGGCAAGGGUGAGAGGGUCAUUGUGCCAUCAAGGGACAUGCAGAUGUGUGCCGGCUGUCCCUGUGUCUAUGACAUCCAACUGAACCAGGUGAACAGGAACCACUUUACAACCCUGACAGAGGCCAUAGAAAUAUUCAGGGUGGAUUUCAGUAAAGCAGUGAGCAGCUUGCCAGCCCGGCACACUGUGCAGACCCGAGCAACUACCAGUGGCUUAGCUCAGGUAGCAUUGUCCUGGUGGGACAUAGACAUGGACCCUGAAGGGAAUAUCAAAUGUACCAUGGCACCAUACUGGGCCCAUCCAACUCCAGAUAAUAUUCAGUGGCGGGAUCACUGGAUGCAGUGUGUGUACUUCUUACCCAAGGAGUUACCUAUUCAUGAGGGGGAGUGCCUACAUAUUUCAGCAAUGCAUGAUGACUACUCUCUGUGGUAUAAACUGGAACACAACAGUGAUGAGUGUGACACUGAUGUGCUGAGAGAGCGCCCCCUCUGCUCCUGCCAUGCCCAUCUCAUGUGCAACAGGCAGCGCUUUGGAGAACUAAAUGACCAGCAAAGAAAUGAGGCCUAUAUCAAGGCCCUGAAAACAAUUGUGAGACCUGAUAGCGUGUGUGUAACCAUCAGUGAUGGAAGCCUGCUUUCUCUCUUUGCUCAAUUUCUGGGUGCUGCACAGGUUUAUAGUCUGGAAAUUUCUGCCAUGUCCAGGCGUGUAAUGGAGAAGAUUUUAGCAGCUAACAAACUGACUGGAAAGGUGAUUGUUUCUGAGAAACGACCAGAGCAGUUAACACUUGUGGACCUGGACAACAAACAGGUAUCAGUACUGAUUGGAGAGCCAUUCUUCACCACCAGCCUCCUUCCCUGGCACAACCUUUAUUUUUGGUAUGCAAGGACCUAUCUGGCCAAGCUCCUGAGAAGUGAGUUCACUGUGCUGCCGCAGUCCGCCAUGCUCUUAGCGAUGGCCGUGGAGUUUGAGAACCUCUGGCGCAUCCGUGCUCCCUGUGGGGUGUGUGAGGGCUUUAAUGUCAGUCUCAUGGAUGAGAUGAUCCAGAAUUCCUUGAAUUUCCGGGAGUGUCAGGAGGCUGAACCCCAUCCACUUUGGGAGUACCCCUGUAGGGCGCUCAGUGACCCUUGCCAGAUUCUCAGUUUUGAUUUUCGCCAGGAGAUACCAGAGCAGCCAGUUUACUGCACAGGAUCAAUGAAAUUGUUGAGAUCUGGCACUUGCCAUGGAGUGGUGCUUUGGAUGGACUAUUGCCUAACCAAUGACAUCAGCAUCAGCACGGGGUUGACCAGGCCCUACUCUAACAUGGGUGACUGUAACUGGAAUCCACACUGCAAGCAAGGUGUCUACUUCCUUAACUCAGUGACAAAUCCCAUGACCUCAACUGAUGGGCUAAAUUCAGUUGCUUACAGUGUGACCUUUCACCCAGAGACUGGUGAGCUAGGCAUGGAUUUCAAGCGAGCCCCAUGAGCAGCUACAGCAAAUUGAUGGAUGAGAAAUGGUGCACACUAUCUUUGGACGGUGUCAGUAACUGGAGAGGCACUAAAUGCCACAGUAAAUCUCUAUGGCUCUGAAACUAGACACAUGUUACUCUUGGGAAUCUUUUGGAACUCAUCAGGCUAUGAAAUUAAGAAUUGUCAACCUUUUUCUUUUGAAAUUGAAGGUGGAACUAGCAAAACUGGUUAGUUCAAUCUUUACAGCUGAACUCAAGGGCAGUGCAGUUGACAAUAACAAUUUAGUGACUGUUUGGCUCAGUGUUGCAUUUUCACCUAGUCCUCUCCAGGACUAGAGGACAAAAUCUGGGCUGACACUCCAGUGCAGUACAGAGGCAGUGCUGCAUUAUUGAAAAUGCCAUCUUAGGUAUUAGACAUUGAACUGAGGCAUCAUCUGCUUGCUCAAGUGGUUGUAUAAGAGCCCAUGGCAGCAUGGAAAGGAGAUGGCAUGUUCCAGCAGUACCCUGGACAACAUUCAUUUCUCAAACAACACCACCAAAACAGAUUGUGUAAUUCAUCUAAUUUCUGUUUUCAGGAAUAACAGUUCAAAACUAACUCCUUUAACUCUGACAGGUGCUCUACAAAUGCAGAUAUUUUCUAUGAGAUAGGACCUCAGUUUAACAUCACAUCUUCAGUACUGGACUGUUGAGCUUCAUUAUGUACAGUUAGCACUGGUGCUACAUCCAAAAGGUGUUAAAUUGUACAAGAUUUGUUUUAUUUUAAAAGCAGAUUUAUUGGUGUUCAAACCUUGCCCCCUUCCCCCAAAUUAAUAUAGUUUUUGAAAUCUCCAUCUCUGUUUUGUCAAUAUAGAUUCACAUCUAUAGCUGUGUGGAGCAGAUAUUGAUUCAUCUGUCCUGUGUGUAUGUUUACACAGCUGUAGACCAAUCUAGAAUUUUACUUGUGUGAUCUGUGAAUUCUCAUCAUCAGACUAGUGCUUGCCUCUGAGUCAAGACUGUGGGUUCAAACUCCACUCCAGACCUUUUGCCAUAUCGUGCAGGUUGACUCUCAGUGCAGUACUGAGGGUGUGCAGUAUUGUUGGGUGUUUAAUUAAACCAACACAAAACAGACUCACUGCACCCCGCCCACCCCCAGCUGUCAGUGAGAUCUUUCUAUGUACAUGGCUGGCAAGUUUAUCUUUGUAGCAAUGGUGAUUGUAAUUGCAGAAGUUAUUAUGUGAAGUAUUUCUGAGAUAUGAUAGGCCAUUAUAUAACUGUACCUUCUUUCUCCUCCCUGUACUGGAGUUUUAAGAAUAUUUGUCUUCCAGCAGAUGCAACUGGUGAUUGAAUUUCAACUUGCUGGAGCAAGGGCUGAUGUCUUUAUUCACCAUGUGUUGUUCAAUACCACUGACAGUAUGUGCAGCCCUGGCUAAAGGGAGAAUGUAAAUUGUUUCUGUGCUGGCCCUCUGACUGUCCGUUAUCAAUGUGAUUCAUGUCAGGGUUCUGCACAUCAUCAAAAUAGAUUGACUCUUCAUAAGGGUUGCCAGUAAUGCCUUGUGUUUCAUUGCUGAAUGUAAUGCAAGACUGUCUGUUCUAGUAACCAUGGUCAGCAGAAACUUAAUGAGUCACCCUGUCUCUGUAUGAUUUAUCCUUUUAUUUUCUGCCUGUCUUGCUGGAGACUAUUUAAUAAAUGUCAUGAGCGGUGUGAAAUGUA